UUUGCAAAUUUUCCGGGAAAAUUCCCACCGAGAAUCUCGAGCUACUCAACCUCAACCCAUAAAGCUAAAAGUUUUCAUCUUUUGGUUAACAGUAAACAAAAGUUUUCAUCUUUAUUACUUUCAAUGGACAACGAUUACUGUCGGAGCGUGGGGUUUCACGCGCCGCCGCAGAAUUUGGACAUGCCUUCAGGAUCCUCCUUAACAAUGGCGAACUGGGACCCGCCUCUGAUGUCUUCCUCCAUGGGAGCGGACCAGUCCCAAGCUUUCUUGCUCAGUCAAAACUGCUGGUCGGAGCAGAGCAUAUUCCAGUCAGCUUUAACUUCGUUGGUCUCUUCUCCUGCCACGACGGAGACGAACUCCGGUGGCAACACCUCCGUGACCGGAAAACUCUCCAGCUUCGGAAACACCAGUUCCGGGGAGUUCUUGCCCUAUUCUUAUCCAUGGCCGGAGCUGAAUUUUCCGGCGAUGAUGAGACCCAUUGCCACGGCGGCGGCGGAGGUCGCCGAUGUCGGCCAAUGGAACAGAGGAUGUGGAACGUCGAUGUCGGCAAAUGGGACAGUGCAACGUGUCGAGAACGCUGCCUCGCUUGUAGCCGUAGGAUCACGGGAUGGAUCAAAAUUUUCCGGCCGAUUUCCCGGAGAAUUUUCCCGGAAAAGAAGAUGUUUGGGGAAGGGGAAAGUGAAGGAAAGCUCAGCCGAGGUCUUGAAAUCAACGGAUCCCAAAAAGGACGGUACGAAUGAUGGGAAUCCGGAGACAAAUGGAUCGAAAGACGAAAAUCCACCGGAGAAAGACUACAUUCACGUCCGAGCACGGCGAGGCCAAGCCACCGAUAGCCACAGCUUAGCCGAACGAGUUCGAAGAGAAAAGAUCAGUGAAAGAAUGAAGCUCCUCCAAAAUCUUGUCCCCGGCUGCAAUAAGGUGAACGGAAAGGCAUUAAUGUUGGACGAAAUCAUAAACUACGUUCAAUCAUUGCAACGGCAAGUUGAGUUCUUGUCCAUGAAGCUUGCUUCGGUCAACUCCUGUCUGGAUGUUCCCAUGGAUUCUCUGAUGUCUAAAAAUAUAACCGAGGCGAAUAUUUGUCCUUCGCGAGGCCAACAAGUAUGCAAAUCUGAUUCGCCGGCGACGGCGACACGAUUCUUGGGCCAGCGAUUUGACCAUUCUGCCCUUCGUCCCUUUCAUAGUAAUACCAAUAUGCCCCCUUCUUCUGCUCAGCAAUGUUACCAAAAUACCCCUCAGUUUUGCGAGGAUGAUCUUCAAGCUUUUGUGCAAAUGGGAUUCCAACAUAACCAAAACUCCCAUGGUAAAAAAAGAAACAUAAUUUAAUGUGCAGUAAUAAAAUAUUAACAUUAUUAUUUUACCAUGGGAGAAAGCAGAGAAACAAACCCUAAUUUGGAGGAAUUGGAGAGCUUCUUCACGUUUGGUUUCGUUUUUCUUCUGUUAUAUAUUGUUGUAUGUUGUAAUUAAGUUUGUGCUAAAUUCUACUUCUACAAGUUCAUGUAAACACUAGAGUUUUGAUGAUAAUGCA